AAAGUGUUAUCUAAGGCUUUAUAUCAAUUAUUUAACGCCUGAAUGUGUUGAUAAACGAUACAAAAUUGUUAUCAUAUGUAUGAUAGUGUAGUAAAUAUUACAACAUGAACGGGUUUGCAAUACUCUUCGCCAUUAUUUUAAGCAAAGGUUCGCAAGGAAUAUUUAUAGACGAGGGGUCGCCAUACGCGGACGGACCAUUAGAAGUGGCAAAGUUAGACAUCACCGUAACAACAGAUACAAGUCCUAAACAUGUUCAAGUGUUCUUCCCUCAGGGCGCGGGUGAGUUUGCGGUUGUUUAUUAUGUGGGCGGCCUUAACACCCUCGUACUGACGGAACUCUACUCGAUAUUCUUGUCCAAACUGGCCUCCCACGGACUGUUCGUGUUCGGUAUUGACUACUAUUUCCCUGCGAACACGGGCCAGUUUGAGCAAGACAUAGACAUUUACUUCAAAGAGUUUGAUUUUUUAAGAAAGUACAUGGCGAACAAAACUGUUGGCGUUCCGAGAUGGGACCACACAGGAUUGCUGUGUCACUCGUCCGGAUGUGACGUCACACUUAGAAUGAUCGAAUCGAGGAGAUUUCCGUUUCAGUCCAGUGUCUUCCUUGAAGCGUUCAGCACACUUGCCCAUGCCUCCUCGAGCUUGAACUUCACCAUUCCUGCUCUUAUGUACGCAACCCAACUAGCGUACGAAGGUGUGCCCACCUGUAAUAUCAAAGGGUACGGCUUUGAGAAGUUCUACAGCUUGUGGAAGUGCCCGAGGAUAAAAAUGGAGGUCGCGGACUUCGGCCACUGUGAUAUUCUUGACCCAAUAGGCUGGGAAGCGUGCCAUAUUUCGCAUUUCUGCAAGACAAGCAACUCGUCUCGCCUGAACGAAUACCGACAGGCCAUUCAGGGGAUCUGUGCGAGCUUCUACGUCACCAUGCUUCAGGGUCGCCCAGACGCUGUAAAUUACAUCAUCGACGAACAGAAGGUUCCUGUGAAAUUGCUGGUCCAUGAUAGUGACUGGAACUGUUGAUGAAUGUCGUGGAAAAAAGUUUAUGCUACGAUGUUUAUUAAUUGGCAUAUCAUGAUCGUUGUUUUCUGUUAUUCAAAAAACUAUAUCUCUGAUUUACGUGAUUUUACGUGUUUAUGGAUGGUAAAUUUUCAUGGACACUUCAUUUACCGAUCAUCUCAAUGCCUAUUGCACUUCUGUUCCCGAUUACCCGACACAUUUACCACAUAUAACAUAAUUCGCUGUGAAAUACUGUUAUUGUAAGCAGACAAUACAACAGCAAUACUGAUUCGCUCUUAAGAAAUAGUUCUCUAUAGUUUAAAGUCAAGCACUUGUGACCCUUAAUAUAAUGCUCCACAAUUUCGGAAUAGUCCUCUGUUCUGUAUGUAAUUGCUGUACAAUAGAAGCACCUAUACUACGGCAGAGUAUUCUUAUUUAAGGGUUCAGAUCCUGUGAAAAGACAAAACAAUAAUACAUUUGAAAAAAAGAAGGAAUUUGUUUCGUUAAUACCUUUCAUGCACGCAUUCUUUUUCUCAGAAUCAGUUGUUUUUUUAUUUAAUUUAAUUUCUUACCCGAAUUGCUUUUUAUUCAACAAGUGAGAGUAGGCGAAACGCACUUCGAGCAACCGAUGCGUAAAGGGAAGUGAUCCAUAUGAGCAAAGAUCUAAUAAAGAGAGUUUUCUGCUUACUAUUUUUAAGUUUGUGGCUACAGAUAAGAAUCGUCUUGAUGAUGCGAUUGUAGUGAACAACGACAUAGGAUUUUUGCCACUUAAAGACCACAUUCUCUCGUUAUCUAGAGCCCUGCUAUAAUUAAAAGUAAACAUUAUCGUGUUGAUCCACAUGAUCCGUUGUAUUUUAUCUCAAGUAACCACUAAAAUCUGAAAGGAAGUGUUGUUUGUAAGAUGUAUUAUUCUAAAUAAUUAAAAUGGCGUAAAUUAUGUUAUUAUGAACUUGUUUGAUGACAAAAAUAAAACGUAUGGCAUUUUUAUAAUAAUGAAUAAAAAAAACUUGAUUCGUCAAACAAUCCAGUUUAUUGAAACGCA